AUGGAGGCCUCAAUGUUCAAGACCCUCGUCGAGGUCGAAUCCCGCGACCUAGACGCCCACCCUCCCCUCCUCCCCGCCGCCCCUGCCAAGGCCGUCCCGCGAACCUACCCGGGCGCACCACACCACCGUGACGGCUCCUCCAUUGAGCUCGCCCGCAUCGACACCACCGCAGCCAACUACAACAACAAGAGCAGGGCCGGGACACCGCGGGGCAGCGCCGGUCCUUCCCGGGCACAAUCGCCGUCCCGGACACCUGGCUCCGGAAGCGAUAUCGAGAUGAGCCGGCCCUCGACGCCGACGGCCUUUGACGUCCUGCAGAGCAUCACAGACCCGCACAUGAACCGUUACCGCAUGGCCGCGUCGUGCCUCAUGAAUUUUGGCAACGGGCUCAACGACAGCGCGCCGGGUGCCUUGAUCCCCUACAUGGAGAAACACUACGACAUUGGCUACGCAAUCGUGUCCCUAAUCUUCAUAGGCAACGCCUUCGGCUUCAUCUUCGGCGCAGUCUUCCUCGAAUCCCUACGCCUCAAGCUCGGCCGCGCCCGCCUCCUCGCCCUCGCCCAAUCCAUCAUCACAAUCGCCUACGCGCCCAUCCUCGCCCAGGCCCCCUUCCCCGUCGUCGUCGUCUCCUUCUUCCUCAUCGGCUUCGGCAUGUCCAUCACCCUCGCCGUCAACAACGUCUUCUGCGGCUCCCUCCGCAACGCCACCACCGCCCUGGGUUUCAUGCACGGCGCCUACGGGGCCGGCGGCACCGUCGGACCUUUGAUUGCUACCGCGCUCGUCACGGCUGCGAAGGCGCGGUGGAGCACGUAUUACUUUAUCCCCCUCGGCCUCGCCAUCUUCAACGGCGUGUUCUCGACCUACACGUUCUGGCACUACGAGCGGGACCUCCCCGCCGGCGGCGCCCAACCUACGCCCGCCGCCGAGGCCGCAGCAGCAGCAGCGAACUCGUCCUCCUCACAGCUUCUCAGCAUGUUCACCGCCCUCAAAAUUCGCAUCGUCCUCCUGGGCGCCCUCUUCGUCUUCGCCUACCAGGGCGCCGAGGUCUCCAUCUCGGGCUGGGUCAUCUCCUUCCUCAUCGCGACGCGCAACGGCAACCCGGAAUCCGUGGGCUACGUCACGGCCGGCUUCUGGGCGGGCAUCACCAUCGGCCGGCUCUGCCUCUCGCACCCGGCCCACCGCGUCGGCGAGAAGCUGUUCGUGUUCCUCGCCACCGUCGGCGCGGCGGUCUUCCAGCUGCUCGUGUGGCUGGUGCCCAACGUCGUCGGCCCCGCCGUGUCGGUCGCGAUUGUCGGAUUGUUGCUGGGGCCGAUUUACCCGUGUGCGGCGGCCGUGUUUAUGAGAGGGAUGACGAGGACGGAGAGGGUGAAUGGGAUGGGGGUGAUUAGUGCGUUUGGAAGCUCCGGGGGUGCGGUGGCGCCGUUUACCACGGGUAUGGUUGCGCAGGCUGCUGGGCCUUGGGUAUUGCAUCCGAUUGCGAUUGGGCUGUUUGCCUUGAUGAUGGCUUCGUGGUAUGGUGUGCCGCAUGACAGGAAGAGGAGCGUAUGA